AUGCAGUUCUGCCCCUACGACGGCACGCUGCUCCAGGUGCACAUCUUCGCCCAGGGCACGCCGGCGAGCGAGCUGCGCUUCUUCUGCCCGCUCUGCCCCUACAUCCACUCGCCGAAGAAGAAGCACGCGCUCGACGUGCCGACGACGCGGAAGAAGAUCGACGACAUCAUGGGCGGCGACGCCGCGUGGGAGAACGUGGACCGGACGGCCGUGACCUGCCCCGCCUGCUCCCACGGCGAGGCCUUCUUCAUGCAGCUCCAGAUCCGGAGCGCCGACGAGCCCAUGACGACCUUCUUCAAGUGCGCGAAGACGGGCUGCGGCCACCGAUGGAACGAGUAG